AAUUUAAGCUCCCGACUGAAAGAAUGAUCCGCAGUGAACUGCUGGGGAAUCUGGGCGCCCCAGUGCCUGCGGAGGGUGCAGCCGGGUGUGGGCACGGACAGGGGGAGUGGGCGAAGCUGCUGGUUGGUGCCUGAAAUCUGUGCGUUGCCCCUUUAAUUGUGUCCUCAGCCCUCGGGCGUUUCUGUCCAACGCCCACGUCAGCAAAUACCUUUUGUUUCUCCCACGUUGGGGCUACUUGUUUUAGGGCGCACAGCCUCGGCUUCGGAAGGGGGUGCUUCCCCACCGGGAACCGGGAAUUGCUCUGCAGCGCGUACGAGCGGCCAGAGCUCGGCGAAUUACGGUUGUUGCCAAGCUGUGGUGGCGCACGCCUUUAAUCCCAGCACUUGGGAGGCAGAGGCAGGAGGAUCUCUGUGAGUUCAAGGCCAGCCUGGUCUACAGAACACAACUUUUCUGAACUCACUGACUUGGAGUGUUUCCUCUUUGUCCUUCAACAGUCUUCGGGUUUCAAGACUAGCACCUGUACAUUUCCAGGAUGGAGAUCUCCUCCCAUCAAUCUCACCUCCUGCAGCAACUGAACGAGCAGCGCAGGCAGGACGUGUUCUGUGACUGCAGCAUUCUGGUCGAAGGGAAGGUCUUCAAAGCGCAUCGCAACGUCUUGUUUGCUAGCAGCGGCUACUUUAAGAUGCUGCUUUCUCAGAGCUCAAAGGAGACAAGCCAGCCGGCCACAGCCACAUUUCAGGCCUUCUCCCCGGACACCUUCACCGUUAUCCUGGACUUUGUCUACUCUGGCAAACUCUCUCUUACUGGACAGAAUGUUAUAGAGGUGAUGUCCGCCGCCAGCUUCCUGCAGAUGACUGAUGUCAUUAGCGUGUGUAAGACUUUCAUUAAAUCUUCCCUGGACAUUAGUGAGAAGGAGAAGGAUCGCUACUUCAGCCUCUCAGAUAAGGACACCAGCUCUAACGGUGUAGAACGUCCCCCUUUUUAUAGCAGCGACUGGCAGGAGGAAAGUGCGUCUCCCCGUGCUCACCUGAGCCCAGACCAAGGACCGAGUGUAGUAAGUGGAAAGUUGUGGAGCAAGUACGGUUAUCCUGCGGCUUCCCAAAGGAAUACUCAACAACCACUGGCCAGUGAGCAAAGGAAGGACGCCAUUAAAAAGACCAAGCACUGGAGACUGUCGCAGCCUCCUCAGGCUGUUCAUCUCAAGUCUGGUCAGGGAGAAGCGCGGCCGUCCGAUUCUGCCAACCACGUUGCCCAGUCUGAAGAGCAAGCACAGACUGAUGCUGAAGUAGACUCUGCUCCUGCUGGCUGCCAGUACGGCCAAGGCUCUGACGUCACAUCCAGGAGCUUUCCAGAUGAUCUGCCCAGGCUGCGAUUCAGGUGCCCAUACUGCACACAUGUUGUGAAGCGGAAAGCAGACCUCAAACGCCACCUGCGCUGCCACACGGGAGAAAGGCCCUACCCGUGCCAAGCUUGUGGGAAACGGUUCAGCAGGCUAGACCAUCUGAGUAGCCAUUUCCGAACAAUCCACCAGGCAUGCAAACUAAUCUGCCGGAAAUGCAAACGCCACGUGACUGACCUCACAGGACAAGUGGUGCAGGAAGGAACCAGGCGCUACAGACUGUGUAACGAGUGCCUUGCUGAAGUGGGCAUCGACAGCCUCCCUGUGGAUCUGGAAGCUGAGCAACAUUCCAUGUCCCCCACUGAUGGAGACAAGGAUCCCCGGUGGCAUCUGAGUGAGGAAGAAAAUAGAUCCUAUGUGGAGAUUGUGGAGGACGGGUCUGCCGAUCUGGUCAUAAAACAAGUUGAAGAUAGUGAGGAAGAGGAAGAAAAGGAGAUCAAACCCAACAUUAGGUAGCUCACUGCCGUUUACACGGACAUCCUGUGUCUCUCCAUGGGCAGAGCCCGGUUAAUGGAUUUCUCCUGCUGGCUUAGAAGUGACCUGAUGUAACUUGCAUGCUUUCUGAAUAGGCCACUGUAUCCAUUCUGAACUGUGUUGCCCUGAAAUAUGUUGCUGCAUUGGGAAGACCUUGCUUGUAUUGGCAUGAUGGAUGAUCAGUUACCCUUUCUGUUAUUACACAGAUGCCAUUUUCUUUAAAUAUUGGAAAAAAAAUCUAUUUAGCAAACUUUUUUUGAGUAAAAUAUUUUAAAUAAAUCUAUCACAAAAUUUAAGAAUCUUUUUUAUUUAUUUUUAUUUAUUCAUUUUGUUUGGGGGAGAAGGUGUGCAUGUGCCAGAGCAUGUGUGGAAGCCAGAAGAAAAUUUGUGGGAGUUGGUUCUUUCUUACCAUGUGAGAUGGAAUUCAGGUCAUCAGGCUUGGUGGCAGGACCCCCUACUGUCACUUGCCAAUAAACCUGCCUACAAAAUGUUAGCAUAUUUUAAAAGCACAUAGGUUAUAAUACUGAAUCUCCCAGGGAACCAGAUAAGACUGAAUUCGGGUGUCUGGCUAUCUAACUGCGGGACCCAGCAAAUCUAUUAAAAAUUUCAAGUCUAGCCGGGCGGUGGUGGCGCACGCCUUUAAUCCCAGCACUCGGGAGGCAGAGCCAGGCGGAUCUCUGUGAGUUCGAGGCCAGCCUGGGCUACCAAGUGAGUUCCAGGAAAAGGCGCAAAGCUACACAGAGAAACCCUGUCUCGAAAAACCAAAAAAAAAAAAAAAAAAAAUUUCAAGUCUAGGGUCUUGGAGAGAUGCCUCAGCAGUUAAGAACAUUGGCUGCUCUUCAGAGGACGCAUGUUCAAUUCCAGCACCUACAUGGUAGCUCACAACCAUCUGGAACUCCAUUCCAGGGAAUCUAACACCUACUUCUGACUUCUAUGGGCACCAGGCAUUCAAGUGGUGUACAAACAUACAUACAGGCAAAACAUAAAAUUAAAGUUAAAAAGAAAUUAUUUUUCCUGGUCUACAGAGAGUUCAAGGACAGCCAGGGCUACACAGAAAAACCCUAAAUUUUUUUCAAGUCUGAAAUAAUUUAUAACACAAUUUUAUUAUCUUAAAUAGUUCAAGAUUAUGAUUGAAAGCUAACGUAAAAUGCCUGAAAUAGUUCAUAGCUGGUGUUUUUUGUCAUUAAAUUAAUAUUACUCUUGAGUGGCUGGAGAGCACAACACAAGAGCACUGGGUGUCUUUCAGAGGACCUGGACGCGUAACCCCAGUUCAGAGGCCCCCAACUUUUCAUCUGGUGUUCCUGGGCACUGCAGUAUGUGGUGUGUAUAUAAAUGCAAAAAACCCAUGCAUAUAAAAAUAAAUCUUGCUAAAAAAAUGACUCUUAUGAGCUAAUAUUGUUGGGGGUGGAUUAAGUAGAGAGGAUGGAGGGAUGGUUCAAAAGAAGCACGCUUGCCAUGCAGGCAUAAGGACAUGAAUUUGGUCCUCAGAACCCAUGUAGAAAUCCAUACAUGGCUAGUGCCAUCUGUAACCCGUGUUCAUUGGGCACAUGGGAAUGAAGAGAUCCUAGAAGUGAGUUCCGGGCUCAGUGAAGAAGCCCUGUCUCAGGAACCAAGGUAGAGAAUGGUAGAGGAGACAUCUGGCAUUGGCCUCUGGCUUCCCCAUGCUUGUGCAUAUAUGCAUAUGUAUGCACUUGUAAACGCAAGUACACACACAAACUAUGGCUCAGUAAGAGUACUUGCCCUGCAAGCACAAGGACCUGAGUUUGAAUUCCUAGAACUCAUGUGCAAAAGCCAAGCAUGAGGGUGGGUGAAUACAGGUGGUACUGAGAGCUUACGGGCUAGUCAGCCAUGCUAAAAUGCUGUUUCCGGUUCACUGAGACCAAGGCUCAAGGCAACAAGGCAGGGAAUGGCUAAGGAAGACUGUGGACAUCCUGCCCUGGCCUCCACACACCUCCACACACCUCCACACCACAUGCACCACACACAUAAAUAAUAAAUAAAACCAGGAAGCACAUGUUGCUAAAUUCAAGGGAGUUUGUGAAGAUCUGUAAAUAUAAUUCUGUUCUUCUCCUUAAAAAGAUAAACUGGAGAACUGUUUGGGGGGCACUCAGGCAGGGGGAUUGGGAUCUGUCCCUGGUCUAUGGGCAGGCUUCUGGAACCCGGUGCCUGUGGUGUGACACCUUGCACAGCCUUGGUGCAGUGGGAAGGGGCUUGGACCUGCCUAGGCUCAGUGUGCUGGGCUCUGCUGACUCCCCAUGGGAGACUUCGAUUUGGGGGAUGUGGGGAUGCGGGGUGGCUUUGAAAGAGGGCUGGGGGGUGGGAGGAGGGAGGAGGGGGUCUUGCUUCAAAGCCCAAAUUGGCCUCAAACUCAUAAUCCUCCUGUCUCAGUCUCUUGAGUGCUGGAGUUAUGAAAUGCUCAUUGUGCUAGCCUGGCAUGGUUUUAGGACUUUUUUAAAGUUAAAGAAAUUGUAAACAAACAAAAAAACCAAAAAGCUGCUGGUGAUGGUGCAUGCUUUUAAUCCCUGCACCUGGGAGGCAGAGGCAGGUGGAUCGCUUGAGUUCCAGGACAGCCAGGGCCACAUGGAGACUGUCUCAAAAAAAACAAAACAAAAAAAAAAUUCUUUACAUAGGUGUAUAGGGAUGCCAAGAGACCAGAAGAGGACAUCAAAUCUACUGAAGCUGGAAUUACAUGUUUGUAAGCCAGGCAACAUGGGAUGCUGGAAUCUGAAUUCAGGUCCUCUGGAAAAACGCAAGUGCUCUUAACCUCUGAGUCAUCAUUUCUCCAGCCCUGAUAUGUAUCUAUAUAUAAUAUAUAGAUAUAUAUUAUAUAUAUAUCUAUAUAUUUAUUUAUUUAUUUAUUUAUUUUAACAUUUACUGUACUGUAUGCUUGGGGUAGUGGUGGUGGUGGUGAUUGUGGUGGUGGUAGAGGUGAUGGUGAUGGUGGUGGGGGUGGUACAUGAGCACCAUGGGACACACGUGGAAGUCAGAGGACAAUCAGUGGGAGCUGUCUUUCCUCUGUUACCUGCUGUGGAGACUGAACUCCAAUAGUCAGGCUGGUGCCUGCAGCCUCUGCCCAGUGAACCUUCACCAGGCCCUGACGCGGUGUGGAAACAACCUCUCAAGUGCUCCUUACUCUGAAUCUGAUUCUGCUUUCAUGGUAUUCCAUUUAUGGUAUUAUUUUCACAAUUGAGUCUCAAUAGAUCAUGUUAAGCGAAGGGACCCAUUUAAAAAAAAACAACAAAACAAAAAAAACCCUGAGGCAGCCAGGGCUUGCCUAUACACUGACUUGAGAUCAGUUUAGUAAGAGUGUACAACUUAGCAAAAUCAGACCUAAGACUGGCAGUCUGCCAUAAUAAAGGUUAACUAGUUCUGCAUACUAUGGAGUUUUUCUUUUGCUUUUAAUUUUUAUAUAUUUAUUUUUUAAAUUUUAUUUACUUGAUUUUUUUUGCGCGGGGGUGUGUUUCCAGAGACAGGGUUUCUCUGUGUAGCUUUGCACCUUUCCUGGAGCUCACUCUUGUAGCCCAGGCUGGCCUUGAACUCAUAGGGAUCCGCCUGGCUCUGCCUCCCGAGUGCUGGGAUUAAAGGCAGUCGCCGCCACCACCCAGCUGCUUUUAAUUUUUUAAUUAAUUAAUUUUUUUUUUUUUUUUUUGGUUUUUCGAGACAGGGUUUCUCUGUGUAGUUUUGUGCCUUUCCUGGAUCUUGCUCUGUAGACCAGGCUGGCCUCGAACUCACAAAGAUCCGCCUGCCUCUGCCUCCCGAGUGCUGGGAUUAAAGGCGUGCACCACCACCGCCUGGCUAAUUCUGGUUUUUCAAGACAGGGUUUCUUUGUAGCCGUGGCUGUCCUGGAACUUGCUCUGUAGACCAGGCUGGCCUCAAACUCAGAGAUCCGUCUGGCCUCUGCCUCCCGAGUGCCACCACUGCCCGGCUUUCAAUCUUGUUUUAAUUAUUACUUUAGCACCUGGAUGCUUGUGGAGGCCGCAAGAGUGUGUUGGAUCUCUGGGAGCUGGAGUGACAGGCUGCUGCGUGCUCUAGAACAGCAAGCACUUUCAACCUCUGAGGCAUCUCUCCAGCUCUCCUCUGCAUCCUUUUGACGGACAGCUCCACCUAAAGCUGACCAAUGUGCCUGAGUAAGGCAACGGUUAAGAAGCAAUACCCUCAGUCAUCCUGUUACGGUCAGUUUUGGAGCUGCUUUUCAGACCGACGCUCUUGGCCUCAUCUUCAUCAACACUACUUAUCUGUCUUAGAUAAGACUGAGAGAACGCAGCAUUCCGAGACUAAUGAAAUCUGGCACCACCCAGCCUUGUGAAUAGCUAGCUUUGCAUAUUUCAUCCCCAGAGAAUCCCUCAAUAGAAAUUAAAGCUGCAAAUCAAACCCAAAGCAUUUUCUGGUUUGGUUUUUUUAAGACAGGGUCUCUCUAUAGCAUUGAUAUCCUAGAACUCAUUAUGUAGACCAGGUUAGCCUCAAAUUCCCAGAGAUCCUCUGCUGGGAUUAAAGGUAUGUGCUAUCAAGCCUGGGCCAUUUAAAAAAAAAAAAAAAAGGCCGGGCGGUGGUGGCGCACGCCUUUAAUCCCAGCACUCGGGAGGCAGAGCCAGGUGGAUCUCUGUGAGUUCGAGGCCAGCCUGGGCUACCGAGUGAGUUCCAGGACAGGCGCAAAGCUACACAGAGAAACCCUGUCUCG